AUGGAACAUCACAAAGCCAUGAAUAGUAACCUUACGACGAUUGAUUCAAAUAAUAAUAAUAAUAAUAAAUCGCGGUGUCAUCAGCAUCAUCAUCAUCAGCAUCAUCGAUGGAAGAAGAGAAUAGCAAAGCAACAGCAGUCAGGAUCAUUAUUAAACAAGCCACAAGUUUUAUCAAUGUCAAUUACCGAUCAUAAUACUAAUCAAGAAAAUAUUUCCCUAAGUGAACAACAACAACAACAACAUCAACAAAUACCAAUGAAAAAUUCCUUAUCAUGGAAAAAAAAAUGGUCAAAAUGGUUUUCAUCUUGUAGUUCUGAACGUACAAUGCAUGUUAAAUCCAAUUCAAUAAAAAUACCAAUAGAAAAACGUCCUCGAACGAAGUCUGAAAAUGACUUGUCAAAACGUGGUAGUACUGAUCAAGACGAAAAUAAAAAUCUAUCACCAACAUAUUCAACAUUUGCUAUUAGUCCAAUUACAAACGAAAAUCUAUCCAAAACUUCUUCACAUCAACAUCGUCAUCAUCAUCAAUCGAACGAUAAAGUUAAUAAUUCAAAUAGUGUUAUUUAUCGUGACACAUCUCGUCGUUAUUCAAAUACAUUUUUUUCAUCAAUACGUUGUGGAGGCGCAACAGGAGAACAACAUCAAAGUCAAACAUCAAUUUCUGCUAUACCAUCAACAACUAAAACUUCUCAACCAUAUCAACAAAAACAACAAGCACAGCAAUUGAGUCGUUCCGCUGAUCGUCUCAAUAGUAAAUCAAGUCGUCGAGAAUUGCGUUAUGAAGAACAUAAUGAUUACAUUCCGCCACCAUUACCACUUAAUUCAAUUCAAUGUCAUCCAACGAUCGAUCAUUAUGCACGAGCUUUAAAUCAAUCAUCAUAUUUCUAUUCAACACAUCGUCGUAGUCAGAUAGAAGUAUAUCAACUCUCAUCACCCAACAAUCGUUUAAUAUUACCCCGACCAUAUUCAACGAAUUUUUCUUCAUCACAAAAUAAUCCAUUAUCAACAACAACUAUUCCUAUAACUUAUAGUGCAACAGUAGAUAAUUUUCGUGCAAUGUCUCAAACAUCACUUGAUAAUAAUACAUAUGGAAGAUUGUCUGAUUGUCAUUCAUCAUUAAUACCUGUAGGAAAUUCAUUAAUUAAAGCACCACGUCGUAUUGAAUCAACAUAUAGUCAAUUUCCAACAAUACAACAAGAACCUGUCUAUGCAAAUACACAAUCACUUUAUGAUAAUAUUUUAUAUCCGGAUUCAACAUCAACAAAUAAAAUCUCAAUUAAUCGAAAUGAAAAAAAAUCUUGUGCUUCACAAACACAAUUAACAUGGACAAUGGCAACAUUUUCAUCGUUUGUUGAUUUAGAAAAUCAAUCAAUUAUUAUUCAACAACCAGAUCCAACAACACUUUAUUCUGUUGUACGACAUCAACAUGCAGCAGAACCACCACCAUCAGCAUCCCCAGCAACUAUAGAACAUAUGAAAAGAAUGUCACCAAAUUUACGAUAUAUUGAUGAUACUACUUCUCCAAGUCAUAAUCAACGUCCACAUACUCCAAAUUCAUCGAAAAUGUUGAUGAUUGAAAAACGUGAUGGGUCUUUUCAAACAUUACUUACUAUUGCUCCAAUGGAUGAUAUUGAUUCUACUAAACCAAUUAUUUAUCAUGAUUCAACUCCAUCACCAUUAUCAACCGGUUCAUCAUCAACAACUGAUCAUCAUCAUCAUAAUCAUAAUCAUCGUCAUCGACGACAUAAAUCACGUAGUAAUACAAGUAGAAAUAAUAUAAGUACACGUGAUGUUGGUCUUCAGGUAAAUCGAAGUACAUCUUAUGAAAAAACUCUUCAUAUGAUAACAUCUUCAUCACAAACACUUGAUUCUCCAAUGCAUACAAAUCGUCAAACAAAAUCUGCUCAGACACCAACUAAAUCUUUACGUGAUCAAUCAACUGAAACAAAUAAUCAAGGUUUAUUUCUUUGUGAUCUUAGUUCAUUCUUAAAAAAUGGUACUGAGAAUACAUCGUCAAACUUAACUGUAACAACCAAACGAAAAAUUUAG